AUGGAUUUGGAGUCCAACGCACCACCCCUUAAACCGCCACUGACGGACCAAAAUGUGCAAGAUGCACAGGAUCUCGCUGCCCUGGGCCACUCCCAGGCCUUGACGAGGAAAUUUGAUAUGUGGAGUAUGCUGGCAUUGGCCUUUUGUGUACUUGGUAUGUGUUUGUUCGCCACUUUGUCUUCCCAAAUCAUUGUUGUUAACCCGGCAUCAGGAACAUAUUCUACUUUCGCCCAGGAUCUCAGCAGCGGCUUGACUAAUGGCGGUGCCAUUACAAUUCUCUGGGGUCUAGUCCUGGUGACUGGGUGCAACCUCUGCGUGGCCCUUUCGCUGGGCGAGCUGACCAGCAGCAUGCCUACUGCUCUUGGCCAGGCCUACUGGGUCUACCGACUUUGGAACACACCACUCGGCCGCUUCGUGUCGUACAUGUGCGCCUGGAUCAAUACGUUCGGAUGGUGGACUUUGACUGCUUCACAGGUUGCCUUCAUGACAGAGUUCCUAUUGGGCAUGAAGACCAUGUUCAAUCCUGAGUGGGAGGGAGCUGGUAAAGGGUGGCUGAACUUUGUGGUGUAUAUCGGUGUCGUUUUUGUGCUCACUCUCAUCAACGUGGUCAGUUGCCGCAAGGAGAAGAUCCUACCCUGGCUGAAUAACUUUGUUGGAGUGUGGUUCUUUGGUUUAUUCAUCGUGUUGUCGCUUGUGUUGCUCAUCAGCGUUGGAGUCAAGAGCGACCUGUCAUUCCAGCCUGCCUCGUUCGCAUUUGGAGCUUGGAAGAACGAAACGGGUUGGAGUGAUGGAGUGGUGUGGUUUACUGGGUUGGUGCAAGCGGCAUAUGGUUUGACCGCAUUCGAUUCAGUCAUCCAUAUGGUUGAGGAGAUUCCCGCACCCCGGAAGAACGCCCCCCGGGUGAUAUGGAUGGCUGUUCUCUUUGGUGCGGUCACUGGUUUCAUCUUCAUGGUCGUCUGUCUCUUUUGUAUUCAGGAUGUCGACAAGGUUCUCAACGCCGACCUUCCAUUCAUGGAGCUGAUGCUCGAGACGGUCGGUCUGAAGGGUGCUGCCGUAUUGAUCUCGCUCUUCAUCUUCAACGGCCUGGGCCAGGGCAUCAGUGUUCUCACCACAGCCUCCCGCUUGAGUUGGGGGUUCGCCCGAGACGGCGGUGUUCCGUUCGGUCAGUAUUUCAGCCAUGUCGACCCUGUAUGGCAAGUCCCCGCCCGUGCACUCUGGGGACAAGGCGUUAUCAUCGCGAUCGUUGGCAUUCUGUAUCUCUUUGCCAAUACCGUUCUCGAAGCCAUUCUGAGUGUCAGCACCAUCGCCCUGACAGUCUCAUACGCAAUGCCUAUUCUCGCUCUGCUUGUAACCGGGCGGGAGAAAUUACCCCCGGGGCCAUUCCAGCUCGGUCGCAUCGGACCCUGGUUGAACUGGGUCAGCAUUGUGUACUGUAUCAUCACGACCAUCUUCUUCCUCUUCCCUGGAGCCCCCAACCCCGCAGCAGCGGAUAUGAACUUUGCCAUCGCCGUGUUCGGUGUGAUGCUGGUCAUUGCCUUCGCGUUCUGGUUUAUCCAGGGGAACCGCACAUAUCUUCAAACCGAAGAUUCGAUUGCUUCUAUGGUCUAUGCUCAUCAUUUGGAAAUGAAUGAGACUGGACUCGAAGAACCUGCAGCAAACCAGGUCCCGGUCAAGGUUGAAGGUCACUGA